AUGCAUUCUUCACGCAGCAGAGAAGAAACACUCGAAACGGGUGAUACAGGAGAAGGAGAAGGGGACGGCUUACUCCACCCCUUCUGGUACAUCAACUACGUCGGCGCCGGGCAGGAAGUGUGGGCUCUUCUGCAGAACAGGGACAGGAAGAACAAGAAGAGGGAGGAAAGCAGCACCGGCGGCUCAAUGAUGGAGAAGGCGCGGAUGGUCAGGGCUUUGUACGAUCCGCACCGCGUCAUGGAGAGGCGGGUUAAAGGCGGGUUGAAGCUUGGGGUAUAA